CUCUAUUUCGCUUGAAUCGCACGGUUUCCAAAAUUAACGAUUGUCAGGAUGUCGUGAGGACUAGUCAGCCGCCUGUUGGGUGAUAGGCAACGAUGCUGUAGGGUACCAGGUACAUCCAUACCCGGUACAUCCUGAAUAUGGUUCCAUUAGAAUAACGGGUAACCACAGUCAUUGAAUCACAAUCUCUGGCAGGUGAUUGGCUGCAAGAUGACGGAGGUGGAGCUGAUGCUGGACUUUGCCUCAUCUGGCCGCUCCGGGCGUCGCAACGCCCUCCCUGACAUCCUGGGCUCCCCAGCAGGAGUCAACCCGUCAGACCUGCCACUCAAACUAGCCCAACUGUCUGUCACCGAUGGACCAGGCGGGGCUCAGUCUCCCAGCUCAGAGGAGCCCCCCACCCCCACCGACAGCAGCACAGGUCAGGAGGGGUCAUAGAACUCUCACCCUUCUUCCCAGAACAACGCACCCAAUGGCAAUGCCAUGGCGAUAUGUGAGCGCUGAGAGAGACACAGGGGAGACGAGAAGAGACGUGGGGGAGACUGACUAACGUCGGAGCUCUGUCUAGAUAGCCCUGUGUAUUGUGUGCAAGUGUGUGUGUUGCCUCUCAGCCUGUGAGCACUGGGUCAGCAUGAGGAGUGGACAGGAGGGGAGGACAGUGACCAGGGAGAAGAGGAAAGCUGCUUUCAGUCCAAAGAUGAGAACUUUCUCUCACAGAACCAACAAGUGAUGACAAGACUAAAGAGAAUUUUGUAAACUUUUAUGGUUUUUAUUUUAAAAACAGGGAUACACCAAAAUGUGAGAGACUUGCGAAUAGCCGGUUUAAUCAUUUGUAAUUGACUUACUUGUUUGUAAGUUACUUUUGUUGAAAAGCAGUCUGACUUUUGGAUUUUUGGACUGGGAGAUUUCCUUAGCAUGGUUACAAUACCUGUUACGGAUUUCUUGGACUGGGAGACUAUUUGUAGGAGUCUGUGACUGAUCCAGGUUGUUUUCAGAAAGAAAAUACUUUGAAUAUGCAGAUUUAAGGACAUAUCAGGACAGAAGGAUGAUAAUGGGGUUGAAUGUUGUAAAGGGCUGUUUGGGUAUUUGGGAUUUAGUAUGUACAGUAUGAAGAGAAAGUGUGACUAUACUGUAUGUGGGUGUGUGUGUGUGUGUGUAAUGUGUGUGCAUGUGUUUGUUUGUGUGCGUGUGUGUUUGAAUGUGAACUUUUCUUUAGGAGAUAAAUGUAGCAUCAUCUCUAUCAGCGAGAGCAAUGCAGUUAAAUAUAAAUGUAUUUUUAAACUCAAAAACACCCCAAGAUUUAUCUUGACAGACCUGGUUGAUUACAAUGAUCACGGGGGCUCUUCUGGCUUUCUACUCCAAGGUCACCAAAGUGAUGUCUUCAACAUGAUCAUGUCAUCUUUUGUCAAAUCCCAGAAGCACAAUGUACUUGAAGCAAAUUGGUGUGGAGAUGUGUCACUGUGUAUUUGUGUUAUACAAAUUGUGUGUGUGUGUGUGUUUUAAGCCAUCCAUUGCACCUAACAUCCUUAAGGAAAUGUUAAUUUUCUCUGUGAUGUGAACAGAUGAGCAUUAAUUUCUUUAUACAUGUAACACUAUACCAUAGUACCACAUUUAUGUACAGCUCUGGAAAGAAUAAAGAGACCACUGCACAUUCUUCUGAUGUCAUCCUACGGCUGCUGAACAAUAUUUGAAUGAGCUGACGGUCAUAUUCAAAAUUAAGGGACCUCUGCAAAUCAUUCAACUCAUUUGAAUGAUGUCACUCAGCAAACGUACAAUGACAUUUUUUUUCCAGAGCUGUACAUAAGCAGCUGGUCUCACAGAUGUGUCAGACAUGCAGGAGACAGUGUUGUGUCCUAAGGUUAAGACCGCUGUAUAUCGUGGUGGCAUUGUCCUCAAACAACCCAGAUAUUCUGAAGAUUGUGUUUGCUCUGUCUGUUAUUUGCACACUAACACAACUUGUUUUUGCUGAUGAUGGCUUACACAUAUUGUGGAACUACAGAAGGGAAAAACAAUAAACAAUUUAAAAGAUAUCUGCAGAUGGAUUUGUAGGAUCUGCUACGCAUAUACAGUAUUUCCCCCCUUGUCCCGACAUAACAGAAGUUAUAAUGGAAGUCCUGUGAAUUUUUCAGUAGUGUAUAAUCAAAUAAUGGUAUACAAAUAUAAACCUUUAGUGGUGUGCCAAAGUGACAUGCUGCUGCUUCAGUGUUCUGUUCAACAGGAACAGUAUACCUUGUCACUGAGACAUCAAUAAAGAAAUCCAAAUCAAGAGAGACA